UAUAUUUAUAAACUAUGCAUAAUUAACUAGUUCUAGUUGCUUUGAUAAAAAGUUAUAAAAAAAAAAAAAAAAAAAAUCUAUUUAUAGGUUUUAACGGGUUCCAACGGAAAACCCGCAAACUCACCGGGUUUGGCCCGCGAAACCCGUUAAGCUAAUGGGUUCUUGCCGGGUCGGCCCGUUAAGAACCCACACCGUACCCGCACGUUGCCAGGCCUACUCAAGCCCACCCGACCCCAGCUGCCCAACCUUUCUUCUUUGAGUUCUUUCCGUAGCCUCCUCAAGUCCUCCCCCCAGCGAAACCAUGGUUUUUCGUUGCUUCAUGCUUGCCUCUCCUCAUUCCUCUGAAUCUCUGAUUAACUCGAAGUGCCAUAAUUGAUUCAAUUGAAUGCAUGGUUCAAAUGCUCAACCUGGAUCCCAAUAUUUAAUGAUGUUGAUGAGAACAAAUGUUCGAGUCCAUUGUUAGAGUAGCUGAAAUCUACUGCUUUCGAAGCUGGUGUUAGAGUAUAAUGUCAAAUCAUGAGCUGAAACCGAAGCGAUCAAAAUUCAUACAUACAUGGUUUCAAAGAACAAAUGUCGAGUCUUCAAGUUCAAAUGUGGUUUCUGAACCUUCCAUAUCCUCUCCAAAUAUUGAUGUUGAACCUCCACCUUCUAGUCCUGAACCAAAUAUUGAUGUUGAACCUCCACCUUCCAUUCCUGAACCACAAAAUAAUAUCAAUGCUCUUGAACGUGAUCCUGGAUUAUGUUGUGCAUAUGGAAAUAUCCAGUGAAUGAGCGUGAUAGUAUUCGAAAAGCCUAUGUCUUGUUGGGUUCAUUUCAACCCGAGUUAACAUUUCCAUUCACCGAACAAGGGAGUCAACAACGGUAUCUGUUAAUGAGGAAAGAGCUCCAGGCUUUGGUUGGAAGCACUGAUUGAGAGUUUGGAGAGUGUUUUGGCAGCCAUGGCUGUGACCAAGACUAGGACGAGUAGCUUCUCUCGCAGUUUUUCGGGUGCAAGCUCACCUCAAAUCCCAGGACUCAAGCAUGGACCCAAUGGCACAAUGUUUGUUUCAUCUGGGAUUCCAGACCUUGACAAAAUUUUAGGUGGUGGUUUUGCUCUAGGAAGCCUAGUAAUGGUGAUGGAAGAUGCAGAAGCACCUCAUCAUAUGCUUUUACUUAGGAAUUUCAUGUCUCAAGGACUCGUUCACAACCAACCCCUUCUCUAUGCAAGCCCAGCCAAGGACCCAAGACAGUUUCUUGGUACUUUGCCUAGUCCAGCGGUACCCAAAGAUGAAAAGUCUAGUCAUCGAGACCCUGAUCAGGAGAAAGGGUUGAGGAUAGCUUGGCAAUACAAGAAGUAUUUUGGUGAAAAUCAGCAGGGUUUUGAUAGUCAAAAUGGGAAACAUGAGUUCAGCAACAACUUCGACUUGCGGAAGCCCUUGGAGAGGCAGUUUCUUACGGGCAAGCGAAUAGAUUGUGCUAGCAUUCUUGAUUCUCCAAAUCUUGUCACACUUUAUGAUCGUUGUGCUACAUUUUUAUCACAAUUUCCAAGAAGUGACAGCAACAUUUCUUGUGUUGGUCGUAUUGCCAUUCAAUCAUUCUGUGCUCCACAGUGUGGAUAUUCCAGCCUGGAAUGGGACAUGCUUUCCUUCCUUAGAUCUCUAAAAAGCAUGCUACGAUCUUCAAAUGCAGUUGCUGUUGUGACAUUUCCGCCUAGUCUUCUUUCAUCAUCCUCCUCUACAAGAUGGCAGCACAUGGCAGACACCUUGCUGUCAGUUAAAGCAAUUCCAGAUGAGGACAAGGAAUUGGCAACGCUCCUUACUGGUUACCAGGACAUGGUUGGCCUUCUUAAUGUGCAGAAAGUAGCGCAAAUUAACACACAGGUUCCUGUCGUUCUUGAGGCAACAACUUUCUCAAUAAAGCUGCAAAAGCGGAGGUUUUUGGUUUUAGAAUGUCUAAACCAGGCCCCUAUCAAUGGUUCUAGUGGGAGUUCAUAUGGCACUUCUGGUAGUUGUUCUGGGUCCUCUAAAACUGGAUAUCUUGAUUUUUAGUUCCUGACACUGUCAUAGUGGAGAAAUUCAGAAAGUCAGCCAUCGUUGCAGAUAACUUCAUUUCUGUUUGUACCAGAUACUAGUUUUCGGUUCUUAAUUUUUGUUUUUGAUGAAUUUGCAUUAGCAGUAGGGAUUAGAGAUAUAGCAAAACACUUAGAAGUGAUUAUAUGGCAAAA